AUGCAUGAAUCCCAGACUUCUAUAGAACUUCCUGUUUUUGAUAUCUCUCGGACCUUAAAUCCAUCCUGCCUCUCCUCCCUUUCUCUAGCCUGCAAAGAAUGGGAUUUCUUCCAUAUAACCAACCGUGGAGUUUCGAAAGAUGUUUACAGGAAACUCUAUUCCCUUUCAAAUCAUAUCUUCAGCCUGCCUUAUGAGUCCAAAGUCAAGGUAGGUCCAUCAUCACGGGUAAAAACCUACACCCCUCCUUUUAAUGCAUCUCCAUUCUUCGAAAGUCUUCGUGUUUCCGGACCAGAUUUCACUACUUCGGCACAAAGUUCUACAGCAAUUCUCCCUGACCAUUCAAACCCUGAAUUCAGUGAGACAGUUGAAGAAUAUGGGGCCAAAAUGUCAGAGCUUUCGAGAAGAAUAGUGAAGGCGGUGCUAAUGAGCAUGAGGGGUGAUUUUGCAAAGAAGUUUUAUGAAUCUGAUUUUAAAAGCUGUCAUGGAUACAUGAGAAUAAACAACUAUUCAUCAUCAUAA